AUAGUCAGAAGCCAUAACAAGAGGCUCAACCUGGAAAGAGUCCCACAGGGGGACAGAGAUCUGCCAGAGUGCAGCACGGGGCAUACACUGUGGGUGCUUGCUACCCCAGGAGGGCGACACCAUCUGGAAAUCACUUUAUAACCAGAAGAGGAAUUCCGAUCCACAUAUAUAGAGGCGGCAAUCCGUCUACAGGAGCUCCAUAAUCUCCGAGAGACGGGUAACAUGGAGGCUUCGUUGCUCGUAGUUCUGCUUCUGGGCUCUUUGACCAUCACUCAGGUUGCAGAAGGUAGUAAGUCACGGAGUAGUUGCCCCCCCGGAUGGUUCUUUUACAAGGCGAACUGUUAUGGAUUUUUCCGAUACCCGCUAAGCUGGUCUGAGGCCGAGUUUGACUGCCAGUCAUAUGGACAUGGAGCACAUCUGGCCUCCAUUAUGGAUUCUGCUGAAGCCGAUAUCGUUGCCUCCCACAUCUCUGCCUACCAGAAGAACCAGCCAGUGUGGAUCGGACUUCAUGACCCUGAGCAGAACGGUCGCUGGAAGUGGAACGACGGCUCCAUGUACAAUUACCGAUCCUGGUUGCCGGGUCAGCCGGACAGUUAUAAGAAGGAAGAAUACUGCGGAGAGCUGUCCUGUAUAGAGAAGUUCCUAAAGUGGAAUGACAGCAACUGCCGGCUGGCCAAACAAUACUUGUGCAAAUACAAACCGUGAUCCCACCGGACCACAGAGGGUGCUCCAUGUGCCGGACGUCAGCUGAGAUCAUCCAUCAUCAAUAGUCCUCUAUGGUCAUCAAUAGUCCUCUAUGGUCAUCAAUAAUCCUCUAUGGUCAUCAAUAAUCCUCUAUGGUCAUCAAUAAUCAUCUAUGGUCAUCAAUAAAUAUCUAUGGUCAUCAAUAAUCCUCUAUGGUCAUCAAUAAUCAUCUAUGGUCAUCAAUAAAUAUCUAUGGUCAUCAA